AUGUACCGUUAUUCAGCAGCCAGUCGCCAAUUGGUUGGUGCUACUUGCAAUGUUGCCAAAAGAUCAAUGGCCACUGCUUCAAGUGAAUUAGUUACCAUUAAUUUACCAGCCUCAUCUUUUGAAGGUUAUAACUUGGAAGUUCCAAGUUUAGAAUUUGAAACUGAUAAAGAAGGUUUAUUAAAGAUGUAUAAAGAUAUGAUCAUUAUCAGAAGAAUGGAAAUGGCUGCUGAUGCAUUAUAUAAGGCCAAGAAGAUUAGAGGUUUCUGUCAUUUAUCUGUUGGUCAAGAAGCUAUUGCUGUUGGUAUUGAAAAUGCCAUUACUCCACAAGAUACUGUCAUUACUUCUUAUAGAUGUCACGGUUUUGCCUUCAUGAGAGGUGCUUCUGUUAAGGAAAUCUUGGCUGAAUUAAUGGGUAGAAGAAGUGGUAUUUCUCACGGUAAAGGUGGUUCUAUGCAUAUGUUUGCUCCAGGUUUCUAUGGUGGUAACGGUAUUGUCGGUGCUCAAGUUCCAUUGGGUGCUGGUUUAGCUUUCUCCCACAAGUACAAGGGUGAAAAGGCUGCCACUUUUGCAUUAUAUGGUGAUGGUGCUGCUAACCAAGGUCAAGUCUUUGAAGCUUACAACAUGGCCAAAUUAUGGAACUUACCAUGUAUCUUUGCUUGUGAAAACAACAAGUAUGGUAUGGGUACUGCUGCUUCUAGAUCUUCUGCUAUGACUGAAUACUACAAGAGAGGUCAAUACAUUCCAGGUUUAAAGAUCAAUGGUAUGGAUGCCUUAGCUACUUAUCAAGCUUCCAAAUUCGCCAAGGACUGGGCUGCUCAAGGAAAUGGUCCAUUAGUCUUAGAAUACGAAACUUACAGAUACGGUGGUCACUCUAUGUCCGAUCCAGGUACUACUUACAGAACCAGAGAAGAAGUUCAACACAUGAGAUCUAGAAACGAUCCAAUUGCCGGAUUAAAGGCUACCUUAUUAGAAAAGGAAAUUGCCAGUGAAGAAGAAAUUAAGAAAUACGACAAAGAAGCUAGAAAAUACGUCGACGAACAAGUUGCUGCUGCUGAAGCUGAUGCUCCACCUGAAGCUAAGAUGGAUAUCUUAUUCGAAGAUGUCUAUGUUCCAGGUUCUGAAAUUCCAGUCUUAAGAGGUAGAAUCUCUGAUGACUCUUGGGAUUUCAAGAACAAAACUUUCUUAAACAAGGUUUACUAA